UAACUUAUAUGAAUACAGUGUAUUAUAAACAGAUAGAUCGCAGAAAGUAGAUCAUGAUUAAAACAAAAAACAAAACAAAAACAGAAAUAUUUACGUCCAUGUGUCAUGACUAGCACUUAUCAAAAUAGAAGCAGAGACUGUACAAUCGUGAUAGGACAACAACAAUGUCGUUCAGUAAGACAAUUAUCAAGCCCCAGUCGGGGUGAAUCUGGGGUAUCAGAUACAACUGUCUGGUCAUCAUUAUCAAUAGUAAACAAUGAUCAAGGACGAGUGUGGACGCUUCAAUGGUCCCCGACAUAUACUACCCAACGUCUCGUGAACUGUUCCUACAUAAUGUCAACACCUUGCUUGUUUGGACUAACAGGAUUGUAGUCAUGAUCGACAUUAUUUUGGAAAGUUACCACAGUCCCUCAAGUCGUAAACCGGAAGUGAUGUGUUUGGUGUGUGGAGACAAGGCUUCCGGUAAGCAUUAUGGCGUCCAGAGCUGUGAUGGUUGUCGGGGAUUCUUCAAGCGCAGCAUCCGGCGGAACCUUGAGUACGUGUGUAAGGAGAACAGAAACUGUAUUGUAGACGUGGCCAGGCGGAACCAGUGUCAGGCGUGUCGCUUCAAAAAGUGCCUGGACGUUAAGAUGAACAAAGAUGCUGUCCAACACGAGAGGGCGCCUCGAUGUUACCAGUACAAGAGAGACACUGAAGAAAUAGAGGACAACAAACCACACAUGUUCCACCGUCUCGGCGAGUUCUUCGAGAGGUCAAAGCAGUAUAGCCCGUUUCAUCAGUAUCCACACACUCCAGUUGCGGUGCCAGCUGAUUACAGUCACCCCCACACACCUAGCCAUGGGUUUCCUCCUCUUCCGUUACACGUUACUGAUCACAGACUGCCCGGGAUGUUCGUACCAAACCUCGUUCCAAACGCAAACCUUACGAUGCGCUACAACUGUGGGACUAGUGACGGCGGAAGUAGUGCAUCAUCAAGCAAUUCGCCUCUGUCAAAUGAAGAUUUUAACCGGAACUACAGUCGUUCGCCAUCUCCGCUAGACAACGGCAAUGGCCGAAUAACGCCAGAGAGUAACGGACGCAUCACUCCCCAAACUGAUCUUAUCAAAGGCGAGAAAGAGGCUUCACCUGUCAGUAAGAGUUGCGAAAGUCCUCGGGUCUCGUCUACUGUAAUGACGUCACCACCACAAACGACCAAGGUCCAGCCUAUCGUCAUACCUGGUAUAUAUGGCAACAGUAUAAGCUCGGAAGGGUCACGAUUUCAGAUUUCGGCCCAACAUUCACUUUUCCCUCGUUUUACCGACCCUAAUGUUUCCUCCUCCAACAUAAACUCAAGCACAGACAAUUUGUUCGAAACGGCGGCUAGAUUACUCUUUAUGUCUGUGAAAUGGGCGAGGAACAUACCGUCUUUCCUUCAACUUCCGUUCCGAGACCAAGCCAUUUUAUUGGAGGAAUCAUGGAGCGAACUGUUUGUUCUGAGCGCUGCUCAGUGGUCACUCCCAAUCGACAUAGCUACGCUACUCGCCCCCGGGUCGUUACACCUUGACCCCCAGAUCGGAGAGAAGCACGCCAUCAUGGCCGCCAACCUUCGGAUACUCAACGACGUGAUUUCUCGACUAAAUUCACUGAGGGUAGAUUCUACCGAAUACGCCUGUCUCAAGGCACUAGUUCUCUUCAAAUCAGAGUCACGUGGUUUGCGAGACUACAUACAUGUGGAGACUUUGCAGGACCAGGCCCAACUCAUGCUUCACGAGUACACUGCCACCCACCAACCCAACAAUAAAGUCCGUUUCGGAAAACUCCUUCUCAUGCUUCCGGCGCUUCGCACAGUCAAUGCGCGUGCACUUGAAGACGUAUUCUUUCGCAGAACCAUUGGUAACGUGCCGAUAGAAAGACUAUUGUGUGACAUGUUCAAGUCGAGUUAAUUUUAAAGUGGGACCAGGAGAAGAAACUCACGGAGCUCCGGAUUCGUCAUCACAUACAAUGUGACUAUGAAAUGCUGGGUAUAUGGGGUUUGUGGGGAUGGGGAUUGGGGUUAUUUUGUUGGCAAAGCUAACGAUGCUAUUGAAUAUGUUACUGUAUCUCGAAUAUUUUCCUUUUUGUUUCAUAAAUUGCUGCGAAUAAAAAAAAUCACGUAUGUAUCAAAAGCGUACUGAUUUGCAAAUGAAUUGAGGAUCUGUGACUAAUAAAGUACAUAAUUGGUUUAAGAGGGUAUACAAUAUGUGUAUACAGGUAUGACAGGUGUGUGUGUAGAUAUUUUUGCAGAUACAGAUAUAUUUUAUUUUACUUAAUUUCGAUUUUGCGGCAAUAUAUUGAUUUCGAAAACUGUUACGUGUGCAAUUUAUUUGAUGAUGAAUAGAAUCUCGAACGUUUGUUGAGUAUGUGUCUGUUGACCGUUACAGUAUUUGUCUGUUGACCGAUACAGUAUGUGUCUGUUGACCGUUACAUUAUUUGAAACGUGCAGUUUCCUUCUACUGUCAGCUUGUUUUGUAUGGACUCUGUUAGAUGUGAUUUCUUACUUCUGUAUACAACAUUGUUAAAGUUACUAUAUAAAGAACGCAUCACAAUACUAGUCCACUUUGCAUAUUGAAAUAUGAUUUGUCAUGUGUGGAAAUUAACUCUGCAAAUGUCUGUGUACAAGAAGAACAUUUUGUUAAUAUUAGAAAUAUAUAAUAUAUAUAUAGACCUUCACUGUUGCCAUUCAAUACAUUAUUUAUGAUAUAACUAAAAACUGCAGUGCAAGUUUAGAAGUAUGAACGAGCUAUUUCAAAACUCGCGACUUUCCAAAGCAAACAGGAAGUCGAACAUCCGCCAUAUUUUUUGCUUAAAACAGGGUCGUCAAUAGUCUUUAAAGCGCUUGAAUCAUGUAUAUGUCAGUUUGCUUGUGUUGUUAUCUCUAAAUGUAUAUAUUUAUAUGUUAUUGUAAAGCUUAUAUUUUCUAUGAUACUUGAGUUGUUUGUGUAAAUAGGAAGUUUUCUUCUAAUUGACUGUCCCUGCUGUUUGUUACCUGUCCAAUAAUCAUACCAUCCUUUGAUCUACAUCGUUAAUCAAAGUAUUUUUGUUUAACUUCAUUUCUAUUUUAUUUGAAAAUAUAACAUCACUAUGUGAAUGCUGACACCGUUUAUUUGCCUAAAGAAGGAUAAAUCAUAUAAGUUGUUAUAACUUUUGUCAAACCGAUUUUAUCAAAUACAAUAUGUUUCAAUUAACCUCUUUCCACUUUCGGCAUUGAAAGCUUCCGCUUUCGAUAUACAUAUCUUCUCUGCACUCAUGAAAUGUGUCGUGACAAAACCGAAGACUCCUGAUGAGCUAUUUGGUUGGUUUCAGACAUAAAAAGACAGAUUUCUAGGCUUAAAAAUGUCCUUUGAAGAUUACAGAGCAGCUACACAAAACUCAAAAGCGACCGGAUUUACCGUUACGCUCUUGCGUGAUUCCUUUUAACAUGUAUAAAAAAGUCACAUGUUGUCAGGAUUUUAUGAAAGCUUCCAGACUAGUGUAGAAAUCAAAUGUACAUCGAAAACGUAAUCCUUGGAUUUUCAAGUUUCCUCCUUUCUCGACUCGUCUACUUUCACUUUUAGUUUCUACCUGUCGCUUCCCUGCCUAUCUUUGUAGGACCGGUCUCGAAACUCCUCGUCUAUGGCCCAUACUGUCUAUUUGUCCGCUGUGUUGUAUGUUAUUUCAGUACGUCAGUGCCAAAAAAUUACUUUAUUUAGCAUUUUUUUUAUAUUUUGUUAAGAUGUGAAUGAAUUUAUGUCGGAUACAAAGUAUAUACAAUUCUAGUGCAAUAAUAAAAUUUACACCAACCUGA